GCUGGCUGAAAGAGCAGCAGGACCAUUGCUAACUCAGUGUGGGCAAGGACUGCGAGAACUAAGAAGGCGCUCCUGGCUGGCCGCUGGGACUGAGCCCAAGAUGGUUGCCAGCAGGGAGCAAAGCAGGAGCUCAUGGCUGGCUGCUGGGAGUGAGUAAGGACUGAGCUCAGGGAGGGCUGCAAGAAGACAGGGAGGAAGCCCUUGGGGGUAUGGCCCCAUAUCAGGGCUGGGAUGAGUUAAAGACUGUAUACCCCAGAAGGGGUUUGCUCUGUUUCACAUUCAGACACUGCAUGUGACUCGGCUGGAGGGCUGAGUCACUGAAAAACCUCCUGAGAAACCACUGAUGGGUCACCAUAAACUGAGACUGCAGACACACCUGACCAGAAGGGGGUGUUUGCGAGAGGUCACCACCACCACAGCAAUCGGAUCUGUUUGGGCUGACUGUGCAGACCCUGGUUCCUCCACAACUCGGCUUCCCGGCCAGCUCGGUCCCGCUGCAAAGGGGGGCGCGACACUCUGAAAGGAGGGCUCCAGGAUCAUCUCGUCGCCUGAGAAACUAGCUCAGCAAGAAAAGUGUCUCCCACGCAAGAAAGCAAGAGCAUGACGGGCCUCAGCUGCCUCUCAGUGAGGAGAUAGCAGGCCGUUUCCCUUCCGCUGGGGUGCCGUCUGCUGUGCCUCUCAGGGGCUAGGCAGCAGAGGCUGGAUCAUGUCUGCCCUUCUUCGUCUGAGGCACCUUUUGGAGGGGGUCUGGCUGCUCAGCCCAUCAUGCCUGGCCUGUUUCUGACCUGGGAUAGAUAGGGCUCCCCUUGAUCCAACGCUGUAACUGCUCCCCAUUGCAUGUCUGUGCACAGCGAGUCUGGGUCCAGCAUUCCCCACCGCUUGCCCAGCGGCAGUAGAUGAGAGAGAAUUUGCUGUAACCCAAAAUCUGAGAGGUGGGCUUGCCCCUAGGCCGCCAUGAGUCAAAGCACCAGCUCGCGCCUGGCAGACUCCCCUCAGCUCUCCAGAGCCAGCCUCCUCAACAUCCUCGGCAGCCCCCAGCCCGAGACGAUGAGCCUGCAGGACUCCAUGCCCCCCACCCCGAAGAGUGGCACGCCCUCGCCGGGGCCGCCCCAGCUCCCCCUGCUGGGCGCCGUGUGUCUGGAUGGGGACUGGGAGAGCCGGGAGGAGCUCCGGCUGCGGGAGCUGGAGGAGGCGCGGGCCCGGGCGGCCCAGAUGGAGAAGACCAUGCGCUGGUGGUCGGACUGCACCGCCAACUGGCGGGAGAAGUGGAGCAAGGUGCGGGCGGAGCGCAACAAGGCCCGGGAGGAGGUGCGCCAGCUGCGGCAGAAGCUGGAGACCCUGACCAAGGAGCUGACCAGCCUCAAGCGGGAGCGGCAGGAGGUGCUGAACGAGAACGAGCAGCUCGGCAAGGAGGUGGCGCGGCUGAAAGGGGAGGGCGAGGAGGAGCGGGAGAAGGAGCUGGACAACAGGGUGGCCUCAGAGAAGGAGAACGAGGGCUCCCAGGAACAGGAACCCGUGCGGGAUGUGGGCUCCGAUAAGCUGAGUAAAAACAAGGAGUUCGAGCUGAUGGAAAACCUCCUGAAGAGCAAACAGGACGGGCCCGAGUGCUGGGACCAGCGGAGCUCAGUCAGCAUCCGGACGUCCUUCACCCGCCCGGAGAGGAACCGGCUGCUCUGGGAGGACAUGAGCGUCAUCGAGGAAGAUGCCACCAAAGUGACUGCACUGAAGCUGAGGCUGGAUGAGUCCCAGAAAGUGUUGCUCAAGGAGCGGGAGGACAAGCUGUCGCUCAGCAAGAACAUCGAGAAGCUGGAGGGCGAGCUCAGCCAGUGGAAGAUCAAGUACGAGGAGCUGAACAAAAACAAGCAGGAAGUGCUGAAGCAGCUAAACAUCCUGAAGGAGCUCCACCAGGAUGAACUAGGGCGGAUUUCGGAGGACCUGGAGGACGAGCUGGGGGCUCGCUCAAGCAUGGACAAGAAGCUGGCGGAGCUGCGCACGGAGAUGGAGCGGCUGCAAGCGGAGAACGCGGCGGAGUGGGGGAAGCGCGAGCGCCUGGAGACAGAGAAGCUGAACCUGGAGCGGGAGAACAAGAAGCUGCGGGCGCAGAUUGAGGACCUGGAGGAGGUGCUGGCCCGGAAGCGCCGGCAGACGGCCAGCGCGCUGGACACUGACCUCAAAACCAUCCAGGCCGAGCUCUUUGAGAAGAACAAGGAGCUGGCCGACCUGAAGCACAUUCACAGCAAGCUGAAGAAGCAGUGCCAGGAGAAGGCGGCCGAGCUGGCGCACGCCAACCGCCGGGUGGAGCAGCACGAGGGGGAGGUGAAGAAGCUGCGUCUGCGGGUGGAGGAGCUGAAGAAGGAGUUGGGCCAGGCUGAGGAUGAGCUUGAUGAAGCCCAUAACCAGGCACGGAAACUGCAGAGGUCCCUGGAUGAGCAGACAGAACAAAGCGAGAAUCUCCAAGUGCAGCUGGAGCACCUGCAGUCCAGGCUCCGCAGACAGCAGAACGCGCCGCUCUUUGGGAAGAUCCGGAGCUCCCGGUUUGGCCCCGACGACCCUGACGACGGGACCAGUGACCUGGAUGAAGACGAAGAUCUACAGAUCCAGGUUCCUUAGUGCCUGGCGCGCAGGGCCAAUGAGACUGUGGCUGGAGGAGAAGGAAGUGGCAGGCUGGACGCUUGGGGAGGAUAAUACCGGCAGGAGCCUGCUCCAUGGGCCGCACACGCUCCCUGUCCCAGGCCUCAGCAUCGGCAGUCAGACAAGCCAAGAGCCGGCAAAGGACGCGUGCGGAUAGAGCCUCUGGCCCUGCUGGCCUGUGUCACCACCAGUCAUGGGGGGUGCUAGAGGGAAACCCCGUGGCCAAGGGCCCAUCCCAGGGGGCAGGAUUGGUUCUACCCCAGUGGGUUUCGUACACAGGGAGCUAAAGCGCCAAAGAGUGGGAUGAAGAGAAAUCCCCAGGUGGCUGUUACCAGACGAUAAUGAGAGGAGGGGGGAGGGGCCAGGCUGCGGAGCCUGAAUUAGCCGCCCUGGCAGAACAAUGGCACUGGGGCCAAUUCUGUAUAAAUGAUGCCAACAGCUGAGGGGGCGUGAAGGCCAGUGCACUGGAUGGUACGCAAUGCAGUCGCUGCCCCUUCCGCCCCGUCUCGCCAUGCCUGCCCGGAAUGCCCUCUGCAAUUCCAGCCUCCUGCACAUGCCCUGCAGGUGGCCUGCCCAGUCCCUCCCUCCCCAGCUCUCUCCUGGCACAUGGCAGUCGCCUGACAGGCCCCAUCUCUGAUGCCUUCCUCGGUUCCAGCCUAACCUGGGAACAGUUUGCAUCUCAGCAUCACAAAUGAAUGAACUGAGCCUCGCAACCAAUGACCUCCCUUUUACUGACGGGGAAACCGAGGCACAGAGCAGGGCAGUGACUUACCCAGGAUCAUGGACCUCCAAGGCCUGCACCUCGGGCACUAGGCCUUGCCUCCUCCCCAUGUGUUCUGUCCACCAACAGCCCCUCUCCCUCACCCCUGUUUGGGGGGAGGGAUAGCUCAGUGGUUUGAGUAUUGGCCUGCUAAACCCAGGGUUGAGAGUUCAGUCCUUGAGGGGGCCAUUUAGGGAUCUGGGGCAAAAAUUGGGGAUUGGUCCUGCUUUGAGCAGGGGGGUACACUAGAUGACCUCCUGAGGUCCCUUCUAACCUUGAUAUUCUAUGAACACAUGCACCUCACAGCAUAACCAGACAUUGCAACACUACACCGGAGAGCAUCCAAGGCUUAGCUAACCCAGAUGAGCCCGGCCCCUGGAGCACUGACAGCAGGAGCCAAGUACGCAGGAGCAAAUCCUUCUAUUUUAUAUACGGAUUUUAUAUAUAUGUAUGUAUUUGUAUAUGGUUUAUAUUAUAAAUAUAGAGCUAUGGGCCCAGGCGA